CCGCGAUCACUUCAUCCGAUGAUCAUUCAAGUUUGACGAUUCCGUUCCUCAACACCUCGCCUCUCGCCCCUGAGCAGCAUCGAUGGCGUCGAAUAAGGCGCAUAGUAGCAGAUCCCGCAGGCCCCGCCUGGUCGCCUUCAAUGCCGACGGCUCGCGUCUCGCCACGUGUAUGGCGGACAAUCGUCUCAAGGUGUGGGACGCUGUCGCCGGCAGGCUUCUCGUCGAGUGUGCUGACGUGGCGAAUCGUGUGUCAGCGGACGGACAAAUUCUGCCUCUCGGCGCAGACUCAGGGGAGGGGGCGCGCGGGCACCUGGAGCUGCGCUACUCGUGCAUGGCGUGGGCGGAGCGGGCGCGGGGUGAGGGGGAGGGGAAGGCGGGGAAGGAAGGCAAGAAGAGGAAGGGCAAGGGCGCGGCUGGCGCGCAGUCAGACCCGCUAGUGGUGCUGGGCACGGCGUACGGUGACGUCAUCGCGUGGGACGUGGCGAUGGGCGCCGUGGCGUGGCAGCAGCACGCGGUCGAGCCGGCCGGCGUCGUCUCGCUCGCCUUCCUCCCCGCCACCGCCGCCUCGCCGUCCAUCGUCUACGCGGCCGGCACGGACGGCUACGUCAGCGAGCUGAGCGCGGCGGACGGCGCGGUGCUGUCGCGGUUCCGCGGGUCCAAGUCGCCAGUGUCGACUAUAGCAGUGAGGGCGGGCGCGGACGAGGAAUCGCCGGCGCUGCUUAUGGUGGGCAGCUCGGAGCUGAAGCUUUACGACGCGGGCAGCAAGAAAAAGAUCCGCAAAUAUUCCGGGCACCCGGGAAAGGUUUCCUCGAUUGCGUUUUCGCCUGAUGCGAGCUUCGCUUUCACUGCCGCAGAAGGCGACAGACACGUGGCGGUGUGGGAUUGCUCAGAAGCUUCCAAGAAGCGCACGUCCUUCGCCGUGCUGCCGCUUCCCGAGCCUCCCGAAUUCGUAGUAUGCGCACAGGGCGGCGGCGACGAGGGUUCGGGGUUUCGGGUUUUGGCGCUGACAGCGGAGGGCGAGGCGUACGUAUGGGCGGGCGCGACAAUCCCUGAGCUGGCGCGCGCGCAGCCCGUGGUGGUGAAGGGGGAGCGCGUGGUGAAGGGCGCAGGGCAGGGGCAGGUGCGGCAGGGGAAGAAGGGGAGAGAGGCGAUACUGGCAGCGCACCUGCUUGGGGGGGUGUUGGGAUCGCCGAUGAUUGUAGCGCGCGGCAUACUAGCGAGGCCGCAGUUCGAGAACGUUAGCUUGGACGAGGCGCAGGAGACCGAUGAGGGCGAGCCACGUGUCAUUCUGUUGAGCGCGCCGGAGGCGACGGACUUGUUGCCGGCGGGGGGUACGGGGGUUAGGGCGGAAGUGGGGGAGGGGCACGGGGAGGUGGAGGAGCAGGAGGAAUGCGCAGGGCGGGGCAAGGCGGGCGGAAAAGGGGGGAAGAAGGGAAGAGGCGGGGAGGCGGAAGACAUAGGCGGGGUGCAGGUAGUGGGGGGCAUGCCCAUGCAGGCAACUGUGCUGCGGACGAGCCUCGCGGAGGGAGGGGGGGCCGAGGGGGAGAAGGAGCGGAAGAAGAAGAACAAGCGCAAGGCAGCAGAGGAGCAGGCAGCGGCGCUGGCACCAGCUGCAGGCACAGUCGCCAAGAGCGAGGGGAUGGAGGGCGUUAUAGCAGAAGGGGAGAGGACAAUAGAGGAGCAGCUGAAGGAGCUGGGCAUAUCCGCCAGCGGCCUCGUCAUCGCCCCUGCUGCCGCCAGAAAGCCCGAGUCGUCAGCGCUGGUGCUGUCAAAGAGCCCCAGCAGGGCGCGCGCAGAGACGCUGGAGGUGCUGGCGGCGCCCAGGGCGGAGUCGCUGUCGGUGGUGGUGCAGCAGGCGCUGGAGGCGGGCGACAUGCCUCUGCUGUGCCAGUGCUUCGAAGCCGCCAUGACUGUGCGGCGCCGCCAGCUCGUGCUGCCCACGGUGCGCCACCUGGCGCCGCACCUGGCGCUGAAGUUGGUGGAGGUGGUGGCGGGGCGCGUGCAGGAGCACCCGGCGGAGGCGCGCGCCAUGGUGCCGUGGAUGCAGGCCGCGCUCACCUGCCACGCCGGCAUGCUGGCGUCCGCGCCCGCGGCGCACCGCGCGCUGGCGGCGCUGUACCAGACGGUGGAGGCGAGGGUGGCGGCGCUGCGCCCCAUGCUGGAGCUGGCGGGGCGCCUGCAGCUGGUGGUGAUGGCGGUGAGGGAGACCAAGGGCGAGCAUGACACCGGCGGGGAGGGCGUCAGUGGGGGGCACGAGAGAGGGGGGGUGGGUGGUGGGGGUGUGCGGGCGGCGACGGUGUAUGAGGAGGGGGAUGACAGCGAUGUGGAGGUGGAGGAUGCCACGGGGAUGGGAGGGGAGGAAGAUGGGUACUUUGAGGGGGACGCAUGGGUGGAGGAGGAUGAGGAGGAGGACGAUGAGGAGGGGAGUGAGGAGGAGUAUGAGGAGGAGGAGGAGAGGUUUAUGGAGGACAGGGAGGAGGGGGAUCUGAUGGAGGAGGAUGAGGAGGGCGAGGGGGAGGAUGAGGAGUGACGGCUAGUUGGAGUGCACCCAUGGGAUGGAAUGCACUCAUACUGAUGGCGUUAGGGCUCCAUGGUAGGGCCUUUUAUGCGCUAGAGAGCUGCCCUCAUAAUAGAUGCUGCAGCCUUAUUGCUCAUGUGUCUGCCCCUCUUUUGCUGGUGAUUUGGAAUGUUCUCAGCUCUCUGCUGCCAUGCAAUUUUCCUGCGAAGAC